UUAAGGUUUUUCCAAUAACUGUGAAUUUUUUUGGCAUUUGUUUGAAAACUUACCAUGCCUUGGUCAAAGGGCAUCUUACUUUUCACAAUGGCUGUGGUGACACUGAGUUCUUCUUUAAGGGCUGAUCCUGAGGCCUUUUCUGAAGCAGUCUCUGAAGACACUGUCCGUUUUGGUAAACUUUUAAUUGGUGGUCAAGAUACAGUAUCUAAUAAUAUGAAAAUAUCUGCACUGAGGUCAGCGGAGUCAGAUCACUGGUCAAAUGAGGAAGUGUGGUUUCAACCUGCUAGUGCUAAACUGCACCGUCUGGGUUCUAUGCGAUGUAGCAAUGAUUCAAUGAUCUUGCAUGUUCCAGGACGGAGAAUGCCACACUUUAUGGUUGACCGAGGAGAGGAGUCUCCAGUGCCUUUGUCUGAGAUGCCAGCUAGCUGUGGUUUCUCACUAAAGCGGGCACGCAGGGAUGUCUCUCUUGUUGCUCCAUACCGGGGCUGUCAUGUCAGAAAACAGGGUGGAAGUUAUAUUCUGCCACUCAUUAUAAUGGGAGCUCCAGUGCAAAUGUCUUGCCCUGUGAGUCCUCCCCUCCCUACUGUGUCCUGCUUUUCCUCUGGCAUGAUUGUCAAAUUUGGCGUCAGGGCAGAUUAUGUUAAAGUUAAAGCUGAUGGAUCGUGGCAGCCUCUGCUUCAAAAGUACACUCAAUGCUCAUUUACAUUGGAGAUUACUGCUGGUUCACUGGUUGUCACUGCACCAUGCACAGGAAGCUGUUGGGAAGUGACAGAUACUGAAUGGCGACUCCCUUUGAUGUGCAAUGACCAGGAAGUGACUCUUUCCUGCCCUCUGACACAGCCAACCAUAGCCCCAACCACACCUGCUUUCCGUGACCCAACUGACAUGCAACAGAUGUUUGGCCCUUUCCCUUUUGAAAGACCCUGGUGGUAUCCUACAUAUCCUGGUGUACCUGCUAUCCUGCCGACUACGGCACUUGUCACGCCCAGACUGGGGGUGUGAAGGCAAUCCCUGUCA